AGGCUUGAUCACUAUAAAUAAAUGGUCUUGCAAAUGGCAUGACAAACCUAUUGAGACACACAUCCUUCUUUCCCUGUCAACAGCAAAAAUGAAGCUUCUCUUUGGCAGCCUACUAUUUUGCUCUCUUCUGCUAAGCUCCUCUUUCUUGGAAGAAGCCAUGGCCUAUGAAGAUUCAUCGUAUUGCAGCAGCAAGUGUUCGGACAGAUGCUCAGCGGCAGGUGUCAAGGAUAGGUGCUUGAAGUACUGUGGAAUAUGCUGUGCAGAGUGCAAAUGUGUUCCUUCUGGCACUUAUGGGAACAAGCAUGAAUGCCCUUGCUACAGGGACAAGCUCAACAAGAAGGGCAAGCCCAAAUGCCCUUGAAGAAGACCUUGUCUUGUUGUGUUUCUGUGUUUACAAAUUACGUCAUUACUUAAUACUGUACUAUCCGUGUCACCGCUUCCUAAGCUUGUGUUGGAUUCUUGUUACUCUCGAUGUCUGAUGGAUGUUAGAUCUGAACGAGAAUAAAUUACACAUCCUAUUUCUGGAUAAUGGAUAAAUAAA